AUGGAAAGACACGUUAAAUGGUUUCGCGACCAAGUGGUUUUCCUGACUGGGGGCACAGGAAAUCUAGGCGUAUGUCUUCUAUACAAGCUAACUCUGCAGUUACCCACGAAAAAGAUUUUCUUGCUUUGUCGUGGCUCUGUGCAGCGUGCACUCGACAAGCUAGAGGCAGCAAUGGCGGAACAAUUCGACGAUGUCCUAGAUUCUCAUCGCGUCCAGUUCAUGGUGGGAGAUACCUCCAAACCCGGGUUAGGGUUAAAGCCUUCGGAUCUACGACAACUACAAGAGGAGGUUACCGUGGUGAUCAAUGCAGCGGCAGACAUUUCGCUACAACAACCACUUCAUCUCAGCAUCCAGCCAAAUUGCAUAGCCCAUCUACAGCUACUCACACUGCUUCGUGGAUUUAGUCGCAUUAAGUCCUUCCUCCACGUAUCGUCCACAUCAGUGAACAGCUUUCUCCCUGACGGUAUUAUUGAGGAACAGAUAUACCCACUUUCUGAUGAUAAUCCAGACCCAGAGAAAGUUUUGUCACAAAUCCUCAGUACGGGGCAAUCAGCCUACACGGAUAAUUUUAUCGCGCCUUACGCAUUAUGCAAGCAUCUGGCGGAGAGGCUAAUCUUGAAGCAAGCCGAUCUGCCCUUUAAAACACUCAUUGUGCGACCGUCCCUUAUCGGGCCAGCCAUCCGCGACCCGUAUCCCUUUUAUGGAAAUGAUGAAGGCAUGCCCUUGCAAUCUGCACUCUACAACCUGGCAACGGACCCGGAUUACGGGUUAGAUGAGCUUGGAAAGGGAAUCAACCUGGACGCCGUCUUCGACGAGAUCCCUGUCGACCUGGUCGCCAGUACUUGUCUUGCUCAUCUAGCUGCUGGUUCGGUAGGUAUUGUUCAGGCUGCGGGUAGUCUUUAUGUGGCAGCGACUACUGGUGAGAUUACUACCACCAUGAUCCAGGGCGUAGCACCGACAGGAAUCGAGAAGGUCCGUCGUGGAGAGAUACGCCAGAGACAGAAUUUGGCACCAAUGUUUUUUCAAGUGGCGCGGAAAUAUAUGCGCAACUGGGAUAUUCGGUGUGAUCGAUCGGAGCAUCUGAAGGAGCAUACCGGUGUCUUGGGGCUUAGCCUUGAUGGGCAUGACCCGAAGGCGUUCAUGAAGCAUCGCUGGCAGAACGUGUCUAAGUCGGUGUCCGGUUUGUCUUCGACUUAG